AUGGGUCCUUCCAAUUUGAAACCAUAUUACUUCAAAGCACAUCAUAUUCUUAAUCAUCAAGAUAUCACUCUUUCUACUUUAGUUACACGCAAUCGAUUCCCGGUUCUUGGUAGGCUCGCCUCUCAUUAUCAAGGACCAAUAAGUGCUGCCAUUCAUAUCAAAGAUGAUGAAACAAAAGAUCAAGUAUUAAAAGAAUUACAUCAAUUACUUGAUACCAAUCCUGAUAUGCAUCGUUAUGUCGAUAUUCAUUUGAUAUUGGAUCCUUUUGACCGUCAAUUCAAUAUGUGGAGAAAUGUCGCUAAAUUCUAUGCAAGAACUGAUUAUAUUAUGAUGUUGGAUGUCGAUUUUUAUCUAUGUACUGAUUUCCGUCAUCGUAUCUUAAACAAUCACACUCUAUUGGAUGUUCUGGAUUCUGGUCGAACUGCUUUGGUCGUACCUGCUUUUGAAUAUGUCGUGCAAGAAGAUGGUUUGUAUGCAUCUACUUUCCCUACUGAAAAGACCGAUCUUGUCGCUCAAGUACAAGAUGACAAAAUCGAUAUGUUUCACAAAUCUUGGCUCAAUGGACAUGGCGCCACCAAUUACUCCAAAUGGUAUACUGCUUCUGACAUGUACAAGGUUUCCGAUUACAACUUCUCUUAUGAACCUUAUGUUAUUUUCAAAAAGAACGAUUCUCCUUGGUGUGAUGAACGAUUUAUUGGUUAUGGUGCUAACAAGGCCGCUUGUCUUUAUGAAAUCUAUUUAUCUGGUAUGGAAUUUUGGGUCUUACCUGACGACUUUUUGAUUCAUCAAACUCAUGCUUAUCCUGAAGAUACAAGAAGAAAAGAGCGUCAAUAUAAUCGAAAACUUUAUAGUAAUUUUAGAGAAGAGCUUUGUUUACGAUAUUCAAGAAAAUUUGUUGCCACUGGUGAAUGGGAAACUUCAAGAGCAGAUAAUCUCAAGAAUGAAUGUCAAAAAAUCCGUGGAUUCAGACAAGCUAUGUAG